AAAAGAGAAAGAAGAGGACAAGAGUGGGAACACAGAGAUGUGAAAGAAAGAAAGAAAGAAAUGAUGAGGAAUCAGUGAUUAGACAAACAGAAAGCAAAGAAAAGAAGGAAGAAGAGAAACAGUAGAGAUGAACGCAGCUCGGAUUCAUGACAAACAGAAGCUGAAGACGUUCUGGGAGCAGAAGAUCGUUGAACACAGCGAGCAGAUGGAUGAAGAGGAGGGUCGGAGGAGGAGCAGCGCUUUGGCUCGACUGAGGCAGCAGUGGGUUGUCCAGCUGGAUCAGAGGAACCAGCACCAGCAGAGUUUCUUUGAGGAACGAAUGAGACGAGCGCAGAAAACCCAGCAGAGCCUCAGAAAACUGGAUUCAGUCUGAAAUCGACGAGGAGAAGGUUACAAAAACCGACUUUCCCACUCAUCAGCCUGCAGGCGAAAUGAAUAUGAGGUUAAAGAAAGAUGUAAGGUCAAAGAACAUAUACAACUCUGGGAUAAAAUCAAGGAAAUAGUAAAGUCUUGAAGGUGAAAAACAACAUGCUGAAGAUGAUUAAUGCUGCACUUCAUUUCUGCCUGGUGCUGCUGUUUAAUCAGUACUGUAUUGUUUGUUGUUGUUACUUUUUACCAUAUAAUCAGUGGUCUGAAGUAAAUAAAAUCUCCAUCAGA